AUGGGGGGCGCUGACCGAAUGAGUCUUUGGAGUUCUGUUAGAGGAUCAAGAAUAUGGGAAAUUGAUGUGGGCAAUGGAAAUGGUGUUUGCCAGGCUGUUGCGAUAGCUUGGAGUCCAGAUGGACAAAGUAUAGCUGUCGUUCGCGAGCCUCUUGCUAUUUCGAUUCAUUCCCUCCAAGAUGGCCGUGUUGCAUACAAUUUGCCCAUAAAUACUGUCUCUGAACCUGGCAAUCCUGCGGGCCAUGUCACUGGCGUAUGGUGGUUUCGUGACGACAAGACGGGACCAUCCAAUUCCAGCAUUCCAGAUAUUUUCAAAAGAAACAAUCUGAUUACGGGCUCAGCUCACUCUAUUCUGAAGAUACUUCCAUUGCUAGACAGCAUGCAGGAAGAGACUGACAAAUCAACGGCAACCGACUUGUUUGCAUUUCAAGGAUCACAUACACACUCGACCCAGAAAUCUCACCUUCCAAAAAUUAUCGAAGUUUGGCCUAGCUUAUUGGCCGAUCCCGCUGCAGCGUCAAUUGGUCGUACAUCCCAUGGAAAAAUUGCUAUGGACGAAGCAAACCUCGAUGAGGCGGAUACUUCUAAUCUUGAUAGCGUUCUCAUGGUGGUUGAUAACCUCGGACGCAUAUAUUCAUAUCUUGAUGGUCAUUUUCCAUUAGGCAUUGUUGCUAUUGGAAAGGAAGUGGAUUUUGUCUCAGCUGUGAAGCAUCCCUCCCGGCCCCUUUUUAUAGGUCAACCUAGGAUUAUGACAGAAGGCUCAUAUUCUAUCAACCUCACUCCCGCUAUUAUCCGAAUGCCUCUUCUGUCGCAAAGAAAAUCGCGAGACCUUGCCAAGCUGUCCACGACAGCACGUGAGAUCGUUUGGUAUGCUAUGCGCUCAGUAAAAGAAAUGCGCGAAGCUUGGUAUGGGUCUGAAACUAACACUGGCGCUCGAGAAUGGGGGCCAAGGUGGAUAAAAUCCCUUGAAACCAAACAGAAGGAACAAUUCGGUCAGCUGUAUUCAGAUCCUAUCUUGGAUUUAACUUAUCUUUUGGGGACCGGGAGAUCAUCAGAAGCUUUGCAAGAUUUCCUUGGUAGUGGGGAACAAAUGAGUGAACGAGGUCUUUUAAAAUGGGAAACUACCGUCUCUGAGGCAUUCAUCAAAUUGCGCGAUUACUCAGAAAAGCGCAUCGCGCCUGCCCUUCAAAGAUUACAUAUCGUUUUGGAGGAAGUACAAGGAUGGUCGAACCUCCAGCAGUUUUCCUCGUUUGAACUGAGCGCCCAUGAUAUUACUUAUUGCCUCGAUAUGGCCAGCAGAGGGAUAAUCAUAGCAAGUUGGCUGGCAGCUGUUUCAAGGCGGGAAUUGCUUCGUUUCAGAGAAUUUAUAUCAUGGCUACGUUAUGAGGUCACCAAUUUGAACAACACUUCAAACGAGGUAAAUGUCAUUCAACACGAUAUCCUGGAAGUGAACAACUAUUUCAUUGCGGGCCUUGAGGAGAGCCCCGUCGAUCAGUGGUUCACAGGGCCAUUACCUCAGUUCCGACUGGUUGACCUAGGUUUCGCUGAGUUCCAGAAUGGCCCGUUAGGGCAGGCAUUGGAACAUGCUCAUAGUGUUGCUGCUAAUGCGUCUCAAAUGGCUUGGCAGAAGACUUUCCCGCAAAGGGAUCUUUCUGGUGUAGAUAGGAACCUCGAAGCAUUGAUUCAGGAACUAGGCAAUUGCUGUGAACGAGUUUUUCAUCACGCAUCUGCAGCUGCCUCCCGCUCUGCAGUUGUUUCAUUUGAUCCCCUAUCGAAACCAAAGCGGGAACCGGAGACGAUGCCUGUACCCGAACAACCUUUGGGCUUCCCCUUCCGGGAAAGGUCUGUAUUGAGUGAGAAUAGUGAACUCAUCCAACAUCUAAUUUCUCAUUUUCCAUACCCCGACAGCAAUGCGCUGCUUCUUGUCGAACUCCGUUUUGAGGUUGAGGCACCUGAGUUGCCAUCUGAAAUUGGCGUUGCGCUUCUCGAAUGCUAUCUCACGGAGGAAGGUGAAGAACAAAGUAAUUUUGACCUCCUGGACGCCGACUUUUUCGACGAUGAAUGUGUCGUAAUUAUUUACCGGCUUCGCGAGGGAGAAACAACGCUCAGCUACGAUAAUAUAGGAUAUCAAAAUCUGCUGCACGACGCGUACGUAAAGAGGUCCACCCGUGAAGAUUUGAUGCAGGAUACCUUGCAAUUGUGGAAGGACGGUCAAUUACCUUUACAGAGGGUCUCUGUUGACCGCCGGCGAGCACUGUCAGGCUGCAAGACUGGCGCUGUUUCUAUGGCGCUGAAUGGUAGGGUGAAUCGUCGGGUAGCAUGUGUACUUGAUUCGACCGGGACGUGGUUGGAAUCGUUUGAUAUGGAAGGAGACGCAGAGGACAUGGAAGUUGCGGAUGAUGCUGGAGCAGGUUAG